AUGGAAGAUUGUGAUUUUUCAGAUGCAACUGGUAUGGAUAGUUUUUGGAAUGCUUUGCUUGAUAUAAUAGUCAAGGCAUGUAAACUCUCCAAUACGACUUGUGUGAUAUCUCAUCAUAAGUAUUUGGUUACCUCAAAAAGAUAUGAAAAGUCUUGUUUCACAAACGUUGAUUUUAAAGAUAUACCUGGAAAAUUACAAGAAUGCACAUUGGAUAAUUGUAAAUUUGAAUUUGAACGCCAACCGAAGACAAGCUUGACAGGAUCUAAGUUUCAAAAAAUAGAUUUUUCAAAAUGCACAUUUUCAGACUGCAAGUUCAAAAAUAUUCAAUGGAAUAAGAAUGAUGUCCUUGCUAAUUCAUUUGCUCGAUGCGAGUUUUCUGAAUGCAAUUUUAGGAAUGCCGAUCUCAGAGAUGAGGUUUUUUCACAAUGCACUUUCACAAAUUGUCAAUUCUGGAACUGUCUCAUGACAACAUGGCUUUAUCAAAAAAUCAGUCCUAGCAGUAGAGUGCAAACAGAUCCAGUAUUACCUUUUGGCAAGCAGACAACCAAGAGACCUUUUGUGGUAAAAGUUACUUCACCAAACUCAGUUCAAGAACUUUCACGAGAGGAAAUUGAUGAGUGGGAAAAAAGUACAAAUUUAAUAGAUGAUACAUUUUACGACUCAGUUGAAGAACUUUCACAAGAGGAAAUUGAGGAGUGA